AUGGACAGUGUCUUGGCGACCGGUUUUUUGACCUGCCAGGGCCUACAUUCGUUUGGCCGAACAGGUACGACAUGUGGGCUCUCGAUUGUGCCGACUCGAGUGGCUGUUCGCAGUCCCACCGUCAGGCCGACUGUCGGGCCUGAGGGUCUGAGUGUGUCUAUGGGUGUCAUUUUGGUCUAUCUCAUUUUGACGUCAACGAUUAUGCCAAGCUGUCUGGAAUGCCAGACUUUUGCUAUUCAUCGUGUCGUCUUCUCCGGUAGCUAUUUUGAGGGUCAAAGCAAAACUGGUUUUGGCGUUGAAGCCAGUUGUGACGCUGCCAGUUGCACAAAUACUGCGACUGGAGGUCGAGUCGAUUGUCUGCUGCUUCUCCUCAGACCUGAAAAAGAGACACAACAUAAGGCAUUACAUGACUGUCUUUUGGGCGUAGUCAAGGCUGGUGUUGGCGAAGGAGAGAGAUUCGGUGUGACUCGGCAGCGGGCAAGUGAGUCCGAGUCCCAGGCCGGACCGACAGUUACGUACAUUCCCGCCUGUGGUCGUGAUUGGCCGGACCUGGCGCAGAGUCCGGCCAACGUGUACUUGAUUGGGCCUCGUGUUGUGGCGUCGGUGGGCCAGCGGAAGCCAAAUGCUGGCUCGCUGAAGAAUCCAAAUCGGACAAGAGGCUUCGCGCACUCCCGAGGUACCAGGGCACCGAGAAGUGCCAGACUCUUCACGUCGGGCCUGCCUGGGACUCGGACUCACUUGCCCGCUACCGAGCCACACCAAAUCCCUCCUCUCCGCCCAAAAGACAGUCAUGUAAUGCCUCAUGUUGUGUCAUGUUGUGUCGCUUCUAUCAUGUCCGAUGUUAAGCAACCGACGACCGACUCACUCUCUUUCUCUCUGUGUCUUGUUCGCCGGCGCGUGCCACAGGCCAACGGACAGGCAGAUGCGCUGGCAGCGGCGUGCGGUCAUGUGUCGAGUGAACAUCGCCCGAUGACAUGCAGACACGAAAGAGGCCGCAGCAACACCAUUGUCGCGAACAUUCAUUUCGCUGCCUCGCAGAGUCAGAACAUCUUCCGGGGGGAGUGGGGGGGAGGCGGGGGAAAGACGAGAGUUGGUGGCCGUCGCCUUGACCUCGCUUCAUAUUCCAGUCCUAAACUGACUUUUAAUCGGACAAUCUGGUGCUUAAACUUCCACAAUCGUCUGGGCAACUAG